AUGGUCGACGCAUCUAAAAUCUGCAGUGGUCCAAAGUCUGAGCUCAAGUGGUGCUUAAAAGAAGUGGGAUUUUUAGGCAGAUUGAUGGGUAAUUGUGAAGUGCUAAAGAAGCAGUAUGAAGCAUGCAUGGAUGAUGAGGCAAGUGAUUACUUGUUGCUAUCUGACCGACUUGCAUUUUUGAUUAAACGCAAGGAAAACCAUAGAUUGGCAAGGCAAAGCACUAAGAAAUGGAUGGAUGGAAACAAAGAGUUGGGUCUUGAAUAG